AUGGCCACGCGAGACAAGGCCUUCGACCUCCUGAAGGCAGAUACCGCCGACUCCAACGUGGAUGUGGUGUUUCUCGCUCUUGGUUCCAUCGGUGAUUGUUUGCCGCUCUGCGCCCUGGCAUCAUCGCUUGCAUCCUUAGGAGUAGACUGGGGCCGCUCCCGGCGGCAAGACGAACAAGGUGUUCAUGAAGAUGAAGGUCUCAUGGAGGGCACCUUUGACGUGAGCCAGCCGCCGCCGAGGCUGUAUCCUGUCGACGUGCCCGUUCUCUUUGGUGUCUCGAACAAUGAUGAUGCUGAGGAUGCCUCAGCCUCUGCGGGACGAUUAGGGGAAAGAAGAGAGGCGCAGCAACGGGUAAAUGCGAACGGUGCUGCAAGAGGCCAGCGCACUGCCAGAGACGAAGACCUUGUAGUAGCAGCAGCAGACGUGGGAGAUGAAGAAGGCGCCAUUCGUGAAGAGCUGGACGCGUGCAUGAGCGUUUUGGAGGACCUCAAACCGAAGUUAUUGGUUUUCAACCUUUACUCUGCGUUCGGGUACCAUUUGGCCGACGCUUUGGGCAUCCCGUGCGUGUGCGCAUCACCAGGCGUGGCACCGAGCGGCGGUGGGAUGGCGCUCGGUCGUGUUCUUCCUCGAGCUCUGUUGGAGAGGAUCAAUAGCAGAGUGGGAGAUGGCGAUGGCGAUGCCAGCAACGGCAACGAGAUCACGAGGGCGGACCUGGAGCUGUGGAUGCUGCCCCUCUUUCUGCCCCGAUAUCGAAGAUGGCGGCAAGGUCGAGGACUGCCAGACAUUUCUUCGCCGACCUGGUCGUUUUGGCCGAGCUGUUUAUCUGGUGCAUGA